UUCAUUGUGGUUGCUUCAAAGGAUAUUAUAUGGUUAAUAAUGUGUGUAAAGAAUGUUCCGGCAAUACGUUUGGUGAAAAUUGUACGGAACAAUGUGAUUGUGUGGCAACAAAUGUUGAAAAUGUUGAGCAGAUGUGUGACACAGUGACUGGAAACUGUAGAUGUAAAUCUAACUGGAAAGGAGAAACUUGUGCGGAAGAUGUGGAUGAAUGUGAAGAAGAUACAACAUUGUGCAAUGAUAAAAACAAUACAACGUGUGUUAAUUUACACGGCUGGUACCAAUGCAAUUGUAUUAAAGGUUUCAAGGAAAAUGCGGACGGACAUUGCGUUGCAGAAUGCCCAAGGAAUACUUUUGGUGAAAAUUGUACAGAGCAAUGUAACUGCCUAGCAAUAAAUGCUGAAAAUGAAGAACAGACAUGUGACACGGUGACUGGAAAGUGUAGAUGUAAAUCUAAUUGGAAAGGGGAAACCUGUGCGCAAGAUGUGGAUGAAUGUGAGGAAGAUACAACAUUGUGCAGUGACAAGAUUAAUACAACAUGUGUAAAUACGCACGGCUGGUACCAAUGCGAUUGUAUCAAAGGUUUCAAAGAAAAUGCUGACGGACAUUGCGUUGCAGAUAGCAGUUUUUCAACGGAUAUUCCUAAAGUUACUGGUGUAACGACAUUUAAUUUUAGUAUUACAAUUCACACGAGCUCAUUGGCAGGAGUUAACAUAAAGUCAGCGAAUUCCUUCGAUAUUGUGAGAGGGAAAAAAUUGUUGGGUUUUUACUCUCGUUAUACAGCUGCCGUGAUUCAAAUAUUUAUUGUUGACUUAAAAAUUGGAAGUAUCAAAGUGGAUUAUGUAAUUGCAUUUGAUGAAGAAACGGGAGUGUCCUCUGAACUAAUUACAGCAUCUUCAGAUCUAAUUCAAGGGACACAGAUAAUGUUUGACGGUGAAUUGGUGAAUGCCACUUCUGAUGGGCAUCAAAAUAUGGACCAGUGCAUGUUGUAUUCGGAGUUGAUAGGAAGCUGCGAUGACGGUUAUCACUGUGAAGUUUCAAACAACGUUCCAGUAUGA